GGAAUAUAUUCUUAGUUGCAAUACAGCUGAUAUGCAACAAAACCAUAAAGAAUUCGCCGCGUAUUUUAUGACGGUCGAUGCUCCACCCUGAUGGAAGACUUCAGUUAGUCGUGGGGUUGUCCCAAAUAUUAACUCCACGGAAGGCUUGUCCUAACUCGAGGCGGCCUCUCGGCGGUACCUCAUGGUUCCCUAACGCUCGUCCUACUUGUAUCGCUUCAUGCGGCAGAGCAAUGCACGUUUUGCCGCGCGCAAUUGAUUCUGGACUUGGCAUCGAGGACACGGCCCUCCCUUGCGGUGUCGGUGUUUUGUGCCUUCCACCUUGCAUUCCGUCGCCUCGAUCUUGAGCUUAAGUUCGCGAAGAUCCUGAGGCAUGUUGCCAAAAUCCGGAAGAGGUAGGCACUCCUGCUUUGGCCUGACAAUGCGGCUCAUGCUGGCUGUGAUGGAGUUGCCGAGGUCGAGAAUGUCCUGGUCGACCACCAUCAUGUCAUACGACUCAUCGUCGUCAUCUUCAGAGGACAUCCCAAACAAGCUUGCGCUUCCAGAGACUCCAGAGCCCAAAGAUAGCAAACUGUGCUUGCGCUUCACUUGAUCAGGACCACCAUUUGCAGAAGCCUUCGCUUUUCCAUUCGCAGGCAUUUGCUUUCGCGCUUGAUGCAAGUUCGAAUCAAUCUUUUUGUCUUUGGCGUUCGGUUGGAUGAUCCCCACGCGAAGAUGCUGAACGUCACGCGCUUUACUCAUCGUAGGCGUCUGGCUGGAUAGCUGAAUCGUAGAAGUCGAAACGGCCAUCGGGACAUGGAUCAAGCCAAGAGGCGGCGGCAAUAGGAUUGGGUCAGCAGAAGUGGUUGGUCGAAUGGUAAAGUCGUCGUCUUCCAAGUCCAUGUCCAAGCUCACGUUGUCAAACGGAGAGGAUACAACGUUCGUUGGAGUGAAGUUGAUUAACUUGACGUUGUGCUUGUAAGGUACAUGCAACUUCCGCUUCUUCAGGCACGAUGCCAAGAUAUGAUUCACCAUGCGAGUGGAGGAGUCAGCCACAUCGUGACGCGGCGGAGGAGUCACUGGCACAGGAGGCCGCGCACUGCAUUCUUCUUCCUUCUUCGAAGUUAAACAUGUUGCAGGCCACUGAAAUCGGUUCGAUUUGUCGCAAAUGGCACGAUGAUCAAUUGAAUCUAGCAGGCAUUGUUCGUCCACUUCGCCCCACCACACACCAUCAACAUCUUCGUCUUCUUGCAACACAUCCUUGUCGCUCAAUGUCGCGAUAUGAACAAUGUCAUCCGCAUCGGACGUGUCCGUGUUGGCGCUGUUGAAGCCCGUCAAGUCCAACUCGUCCUUGCAACGAACCACCGUUUGGCCGACGACGCUCGAAGCAAAGGUAAGGUCAUCGUCAUCGCAUAGCGACAAGUGCACAUUCUGCAACACAUCUUCAAAGCCGUUGCUCGUGGAUGAAUGGAGAUCUGUUGGCGGUACAAUUAGAGAAGGGUCUGCGACCGACGUUGCACCCGCGAGGUCGUCUUCGCGUGUCGUGGUGGUCCAGAAUGUGUCGUCGACGUCGUAGUAACAAAUGUUGUCGUCGGCAUCCUGGAGCGACUUGACACGCUCGAUGAUCUCGUUCGCAUCACACGAGUCGGACGAGAAAUCGUCCAUGAUGCGGAGGAACUCGGACCGGUAUGCCGUCGCCGUCAUGUCUUGGAAUGAGUGUGGUUUUCGAAAUUGGC